UUCAGUUAUUCUUUAGUAUAUAUGUACAGUGUUUUGUUGUGUGUUAUAAUUUCUAUAGAUAAUAAGGAAAUAAUUAGAUGAUUUACAAAUUAUUGUUAUAAAUUGCUUUUAUUUUAAUUUUUAUUGUAUAUAAUUCAAUGACAUAUUUAAAAUAUGCUUUUUAUAAAGAUAUAAAAUCUGUUAUUUAGAUAUUAUUUUGACAAAUUCAUAUGUCCUUGAAUAAGAAAUAAUUGUUAAUUAUAAAUAUGUGGCAGAGAUCAAAAUUUUUGUCACAAAUAUUGACAGUGAAAAAGUCCAAAUCACGUUGGAAAGAAGGAAUAAAUUUAGCAUCAACAAAGGAAAAUGACAAUAAUUUAGAAGGUGAAAUACCUCCAAAGGAUUGCCAAGUUGUAAUUUGUGGAGGUGGUGUUAUGGGUGCUGCUGUUGCAUACCAUCUGUCAUUAAUGGGACUUGGAUCACAAACUGUGAUAGUCGAGAGUAGUAGACUAGGUGGAGGAACUACUUGGCAUGCUUCUGGUUUAGUUGGAGCUUUUAAACCAAGUUUAGCUCAAGUCAAAUUAGCACAAGAUAGUAUUGCACUUUAUAAGGAACUUGAGAAAAAGGGACUUCCAACAGGUUGGAAACAAUGUGGAAGUUUGUCUUUAGCUCGCACAAGAGAUCGAAUGACAGUCUUUCGAAGAAUGAAAGCACAAUCAGUGUCACGAAAUAUUGAUUGUCAUUUGGUAUCACCAGAAGAAGCACAAAAAUUGUGUCCUUUACUUCAAAUUGAUGAUAUUGUUGGUGGUUUAUGGAUACCAGAUGAUGGUGCCGCUGAUCCUUAUCAAAUUUGUUUGACAUUAAUUGAAGAAGCUAAAAAAAAUGGUGUUAAAGUUUAUGAAAAUUGUAAAAUCUCAAAAAUUUAUAAUCACAAUGGAAAAGUCAAAGGUGUCGAGACAACACGAGGUAAAAUUGAAUGUCAACAUUUUAUAAAUUGCACUGGAUUUUGGGCUCGUUCUGUGGGAAAAUUGAGUGAUCCUCAAGUUAAAGUACCUUUACAUCCAGUAGAGCAUUAUUAUCUACAUACAAAACCAAUCAAGGAUUUAGAUCCAAUGACACCUGUUGUUCGUGAUUUGGAUGGUUAUAUUUAUUUUCGAGAAAAUAAGGGUCGAAUUUUAGCUGGUGGAUUUGAACCUGUUGCUAAACCAGCUUUUGAAAAUGGAAUUAUUCCUGAGAACGCAAAAGAAAGAUAUUUACCCGAAGAUUGGGAUCAUUUUCAUAUUUUAUUGGAACAAAUGCUUCAUCGAAUUCCAAGUUUGGGAGAUGCAAUUCUAGAAAGAUUGUGCAAUGGACCUGAGGCAUUUUCUCCCGAUUGUAAAUGGAUUGUCGGUGAAGCUCCUGAAAUACAAAAUUAUUAUAUUGCAGCUGGAAUGAAAACGGUAGGAAUAUCGGCUGCAGGAGGUGUUGGAAGAGCAACUGCAGAAUUGAUAGUAAAUGGAAAAACUUCUCUUGAUAUGUAUGAAUUGGAUGUCUCACGUUUUUUAGGUUUACAUAAUAAUCGAAAAUUUUUACGAGAUCGUGUAAGAGAAGUUCCUGGUUUACAUUAUGGAUUACAAUAUCCACAUCAGGAAUUUCAAACUGGACGAAAUUUAAGAAUGUCACCUAUUUAUCCAAAAUUACGAGAAGCUGGUGCAGUUUUUGGACAAGUUAUGGGAUAUGAGAGACCAACAUGGUUUGAAGAAAACGAUAUUGAAACUGACUAUGAUUCAGAUCCAAUUGAUGGUAAAAUUGCGUACACUGAUACUUUUGGAAAACCACCUUGGUUUGAUGCAGUUUCCCUAGAAUAUGCAGCUUGUCGUGAAACAAUUGGAUUAAGUGAUUAUUCUUCAUUUACAAAAAUCGACUUAUGGUCGAAUGGUCUGGAAGUAGUUGAUUAUUUACAGUAUUUAUGUUCAAACAAUGUUGAUGUUCCAGUUGGAAGUAUUAUUCACACUGGAAUGCAAAAUCGUUGUGGUGGAUAUGAAAAUGAUUGCAGUUUGGCUCGACUUAAUGCAAAUCAUUAUAUGAUGAUUGCUCCAACGAUUCAACAAACUCGAUGUAAAACAUGGUUGAAACGUCAUUUACCUGCUGAUGGCUCUGUGGCAUUUUCUGAUGUCACUUCAGCAUAUACGGCUAUUUGUAUAAUGGGUUCUUCAACUAGACAAUUAUUAUCUGAAUUAACUGACACUGAUUUGAAUCCGAAAAAUUUUCCAUUUUUUACUUAUAAGGAACUUGAUGUUGGAUUAGCAAAUGGAAUUCGUACAAUGAAUUUAACUCACACUGGAGAACUUGGAUAUGUUCUUUAUAUUCCAAAUGAGUUUGCUCUUCAUGUUUAUAAAAAAUUAAUUGACGCUGGAGCAAAAUAUGGAAUAAGACAUGCUGGUUAUUAUGCGACAAGAGCUUUGAGAGUUGAAAAAUUUUACGCAUUUUGGGGUCAAGAUCUUGAUACUUUUACCACUCCUCUAGAAUGUGGAAGAUCGUGGAGAGUAAAAUUUGAUAAAGAUAUUGAUUUUAUCGGACGUGAAGCUCUUUUGAAACAAAGAGAAAAUGGUGUUAAGCGAAAGUACGUUCAACUUUUAUUAAAUGAUCACGAUCCAGAAAUUGAUCUUUGGUCAUGGGGUGGUGAACCAAUUUAUAGAAACGGAAAAUAUUGUGGAAUGACAACAACAACAGCUUACGGAUUUACUUUUAAAAAGCAGGUGUGUCUUGGUUUUGUAAAGAAUAUUGAUUCAAAUGGAAAUGAACAAGAAGUUACAAAUGAAUAUAUUCUCUCAGGAGAUUAUGAAGUCGAUGUGGCUGGAAUAAGAUUCCUCGCAAAAUGUCAUCUUCAUAGUCCAAAUUUACCAACCAAGUUCCCUGAUAAAGAGAGGGAUGCUUAUCAUGCAACACGUGAUCAGCAAACAGUUUAAUCUAUACCAAUUUAGAUUAAUUAUAUAUAUAUAUAUAUAUAAAAUAUUAAUAAUGUACAAAAUUACACAGAAAAUUGUAUUAUUAUUUAUUAAACGACAUUUACAUAA